GCCAGAUCCAUCCACACAGUGCACGACUAUAGCAGACAUAAACACAGCGGUCUAUGUGAGAGUGAGGUAACAAAGGACACAGUGGACAGCGAAUACACAUUGAAUCAAAACGUCAUAUGCAUAUACUCUGUGUGCGAAUGCAGACCAGUAAGCAAAAUCUAGGGCGGGUACGCGUACCAAAGUAGCGGUCACUACGAUUUACUACUCUCUUCCCUAAGAGAGUAUGACGCUUUUCCUUGGAGGCCUAUAUAUAUCACAGAGAGAUUGCACGGCGGCUUAUGUUGUGUACACGCUACAAACCUCAGUCGACACUCAAGAAAGAAGGUUCGAAUUUCAGCGGAUAUGGAGACGAGGGCUAUUCAAAACGGUCACAAGUUUAGUAGCGACGUCAUGCCAUUGCCAAACCCACACCUUGUUCAGAUGGAGACGGAUAUACUAUAUCACAUCGCCAUAGCAACGAACACACACGAUUUGCCUUCCCUGUUUGGAGAUGUAAAGUUUGUUUGCAUCGGUGGACAGCCGUCCCGUAUGUCCAGGUUCGCUGCCAUGGUGUCACGUGAGCUGGGUGACCCCUUGCCUGAAGGUCAAACUCCACAAAAUUACGCCGCGGGCACAGAUAGAUACGCCAUUUAUAAGACAGGACCUGUUCUAGCCGUCAGUCAUGGUAUUGGCUUUGCAUCUUUGUCGGUAAUUCUACACGAGAUAUUCAAGCUGUUAUAUCACUCAAGGUGCAAAGAUGUGAAAAUAAUCCGGGUUGGAACGUCCGGAGGCCUAGGUAUAAAGCCAGGGACUGUGGUGAUCACGAAGGAGUGCGUCAAUGGGAUGUUGAACAAUUAUUACGAAAUGCCUGUCUUGGGGAAGCUCGUGCGACGACAAGCUGUACCUGACGUCGAUUUUGUGAACGAUCUGAAGAGGUUUGCAGACAAAAUGUGCUGCAGUUUUCCAACCGUCACAGGCAAAACUUUAUCAGUUGAAGAUUUCUACGAAGGUCAAGGUCGUCUGGACGGCGCUAUUUGUGAUUACACACAAGACGAGAAGACGGCUUUCCUGAAGCGACUCAGUGGGAUCGGAGUGGUUAAUAUAGAGAUGGAAUCUCUUCUGCUGACUGCAUUGUGUCACAAAGCUGGAAUAAGUUGUGCCACAGUUUGUGUUACCCUCGUGGAUCGCCUAGAAGAAGACCAGCUUACAAAUUCACGAGAAACCAUGGUGGAAUGGCAGUCCAGGCCCUUAACACUCGUGACCGGUUACAUUAAACACAAACUCGGUCUGUGACGGUAUGUCCGUUACUCACGAUCUAAUGACGCAUCUUCAAGAUUUACAGGUGUGAAACCCAUCAAUACUAAAUCUACCUUAUA